CCUGCUCUAUUAAGAAAUGUACUAAACAAGAAGGCCGAAAAACAUUUGAUGUUAGCUUAAGUUUGAUAAAAUGUCGAUUCAAUGCAGAACCUGUGCAGCGAAGAUCUUUAAUCCUAAUGCCAAAAAUCUCUUCGAGCAAGACGACAAUGAGAUAUUGCUCAAUAUUGAAACACUAACUGGAAUCCGGUUGAACGAGGACCAACAUAUGCCCAAGCACAUUUGCACCUGUUGUCAUUUGGAUCUGUACCAUUCGAUAGCUUUUCGAGAGCGCUGCCUCAAAACCGAACAUUAUUUGCAGAGUGCAAAUCAAAAGGCGACGAAGUCAGACCCGCUAAAUACAGCACAGACAGAAGUUGGUUCAACAAGUGAAACACCAAGUCAACCUUUUGCUGCAAUAAAAAUAAGUCCUUCAGAGAAUCAAAUAUUGCAUACAGCAGAUACAGAAGCGUUAAGUCAAAACCCUCCGCAACAUCGCAUUUUGCGCGCUCGCAAGCCAAAUUGUAAUACUAGAACAGAAAAGCGUAUUAAGGAGCGCAGAAAAUAUUCCUAUGUUCGCAAUUUUGCCAAAACGUCGCCUGUUUCAAACGCUGAACAUUGUCAAGAAGCUGAAAGCUUUAAGACUUCACCACACAGCAGUCCUAGCAAUUGUGAACAGAGUCCGAGUAGAGCAAAGGAAGAGUCCAAUGAAUUGAAAGCCACCUUUGACCAAACUGAAGAGUUCCACGAAGCAGGACUCGAAGGCAGUCCAGCCAAGGUGUCCUCUGUUGCCGAGUCCUUGCCGGCACAAGAUAAUAGCAUUGCGACCAAGAAGGAUAAACCCGCUUUGAAGCCACCUGGAGAUCCCAAGGUCUAUAUCUGUGACCUUUGCGGUCAUCAGUCCACAAGUCCUAAAAACUUGGAUAUACACAUACUGCGUCAUAAAGGAGAAAAGAAUUUCGAAUGCGAGGAAUGUGGCGCAAAGCACUACUCCAAAUACCUACUGCAAUUGCAUAUUCGAGUGAAGCACCAAGGCGAGAUGCCAUUUGUAUGCAGAUUCUGUGACCAGCGAUUCUAUUCAGGCAGCACACGCACACGCCAUGAACAAGUACGGCACAUAAGAAGUUGGUCGUAUGAGUGCAAGAUUUGUGGCAAAAAAUACAACACGAAAUCGUGUUUGAAUAAACACGAAUUCCUGCACUCAGGCUUGCGACCAUAUCGCUGUGAAUUGUGCAAUGUGGCGUUUCCGCGCAAGCCAGGCUUAAGGAUUCAUUGCCGUACAAAACAGCAUCAAAAGCGGGCUAGCGAAGCGUUAAACAGUCAACUCGAUGGCAUAAAAGAUAUAGCCGUUCCUGACGGAACUAUAGUGUUUCCAGACUCAAUAAUAGUCGAACUUGAUGUAUAAAUGUGUAUUGUUAUGAGAGAAUGGCAUUUUAUGAAAAGUACCAUCUGUUUGCCAUUCACAACGCAACGUAUGCAACAGCUGUACCUUUGCCAUUCACAUGUUUUGUCUUCGGUAGUAUGAUAAUAAUAAAAACACGCCUGCCACGCUUGGGCAGGGCGCAAUUGAA